AGCGCCUCAAGCAGACAUCACAUAUUGAAUUUUUGUAGCGAGCAAGUUUUAUAUAACGAACAUUUUGGUAGUUUAAGUUAACAUUUUGAGCCAUGGACAGCUUGGGUAUCUCUACAGAGCCAAGUUUUCUGGAAGUUGAGCUGCCCCAAACCCUGCUUGAAUCCCCCUCGGUGUCGACAUUUUUACCCGAUGAAGAAGCCUCGAUAUGCCCUUUGCUCUCCAGCAAUAAUACUCUGGGCACCGGUUUGCUGUCACACCCCCUGAGCCCCAACAUUGCGGCCAGCGAUAUUACCUCAUCGAAUAUUAGCAAUACCGACUGUAAAGCGGAAACGAGCUCAUCUGGAAGUAGUACCGGUAUUGCAAUGGAUGCCAUGGAUACGUCGACAAAUCUGUUUAACAAAGUCAACUAUCAUCAUUUACAGAACAAUAAUAUGACAAUAAAUCAGGAAUCAAGCACGCAUUGUUUAAAGGGUAAUCGUCGCAAAUCCAAGGAAACACCCAGUUUUGUCUCAUGGAAUUGGCCGUUGAUCAGGAAAUGCACAUUUUUCGUAUUUAUCUCCGGCGUCUUAGCCAUGUGCUCCAUUGUCGUGGCUCAAAUCGCCAGUUUGCCAAAAUAUUGUAACCCAAAAACUGAAUGGUACCAAGGAGGCGUCUUUUAUGAGAUCAAUCCCACAUCCUUUAAAGAUACUAAUAAUGAUGGCAUUGGUGAUAUCCGAGGCCUAAUAAAUGGCAUUGAGUAUUUUGCAAAUUUAGGUAUUUCAGGCGUGCGUCUUAACUCCAUUUUUCCCACCGGCGAAUCCUCCUCACUCAGAGAUAUGCGACCUGAGUUGGGUCAUUUAAUGGAUCUAAAGAUAUUCGCUCAUGAACUCAAUGCUCGCAAUAUGUCGUUGCUGUUAGAUUUGCCUUUGCAGCAGAUAAUUGCAAAAAGUGAUCAGCAUGAGCUGAUAGAAACUGUUGGAGCAGCACUCAAUCAUUGGAUACAUCAGGGGGUAAAUGGUUUCUACUUGAAGGGCUUGGUAUCGAUAGAAAAGCUCACGAAGCUCUCCAACUGUUUGGAUGCAUGGAAAAGCAUUGUAGGUCCAGAUCGAGUGCUCAUGGUAGAGGAAUCUCUGAUGAAGCACACGGCUAAAACCAAUCUGACAGCUCUGCUCGAGCACGUUGAUUUGGUGGAUGUUGUCGUGGAUGUGGAAAGUGAUACGCAAAAGAUGAAGCAACGCAUCGAGAGCAUACUGGCUGAGAUGCCAGCUGGUGAUGAUAGCACCUGGAUACACUGGUCGAUUGGGGAGCAUGAUCUCGAUGUGGACAACAAUCCACGCAAGAUAUAUGCAGCCACGUUAAUGCAGUUGACGUUACCCGGCACUCCGAACAUUAUGCACUCGAAUCAGAUUGCCAUUGCUCAGACAAAUAAUAACGAAUCGAAUCAAACAGAACAGUUCCUAGAUGAUUGGACGCAAGAGCUGCAUAAUCUGAUCGAUCAAAUGGACUUUAAGGCAUCCCAUGGUCUUGUUACGGUUAAGAAUAUGAUUGCGUUGCGACAUCGAUCCCCAUCGAUCUACAAGAACUUUGUGUGCAAGGCGAAUAAAAACAAGUCCAACACUCAAAUACUAGCAAAUAGCAACGCCAAAAUAUUAGUUAUAGUUCGCAAUUAUCCGCGCAAAUUCUCAUUUGUUUCAGUCACGAAUUUCGGCGACUCGAAAGCGGUAUUAGACUUGACUUCCAACUUUUACAGUGGUAAUCGAAUGCUCAGUGCAAGCAGUGAAAAGAUCUAUUUUGAAAAAAUCAAGAUUGAUUCAUUUGACACAAUUGUUGUAAAACUAGAUAAGUAAGCACUGUUUCAAAUAUAUAUUCUAUAUAUUAUGAAUAUUGUUAUUGAUUUUAGCAAUAAUA